AUGACUAAAGAAAAGAAGGUAUCUUGGGUCACACAAGUACGAAGCUUGCUCGCAGAUCUUCUCAUGAGCAAGGUUGUGGACAAACUUCGUAUCCACAAGGUGCCAGAAGAGAUCGACAAAGCCACUUUGAAGUACAAGACGAUUCCGAUUUCUGAUCUCGACUUGCGGGAAGUUCAGAGAUCGCUUGGUUUGAAGCCCGCCAGCAAUGACGACGAGUUCAAACAUGUCCUUCCUAUUACACCCCCAAGAACCAUGAGAGAGCAUUUAAAAUUGAUCGAGACAGUAUCAAGUCAUACACCGACAACUGAACCGAGCGCUCGUUGGAUUAUCAACGCCCUCGUACCUCGUGCCCUCAAUAUUGCAGCAGCGGAUGGGCCACCUGACCAACGUAUCAAUAUUCAGACGGACUACUCGUAUACCCAUGGACCUGUGAAGCUUGGAAGGGACAAAGUCCUCCUUUCUGCCCGGCCUGACUACAGAAUAUGGUACGGCGAUUGGGAACAACUGGCUUUGAAUGUUGUAAUCGUUGAGGCCAAAAGAAUUGACAUCGGGCUUUCCCAAGCAUUGGGAUACAUGGGAUGCAUUCACAGAGAAUGGAAGGAAUUUUCCAAGAGCAACUGCACUGUUUAUGGAUUUGCUUGUAAUGGGACGAUAUUCUGGUUCCUCAAGAUCUCAAACGAAUCCAAAUGGUCGGAAUAUCUCGUCUCUGUUCGAACAGGUGACUAUUCCCAGCCCCUCGGGUUGAUGGUGCACAUGUUUCGUCGUGCGAUCGUGAUGUCCCCGGCACACCCCAAACCAUUUUCUACAAUGUGA